ACCAUGGAGACGGGCUAACAGAUUGUACAGGCUGUCCUGACAGGGCCUUGCAGGGAGUCCAUCCCUCGACGCCAGAGACUGGCCGGCAUGGAGGUCCUGAAGGAGAAAGUGGAGGAGGAAGAAGAGGCCGAGCGGGAGGAGGCAGCCGAGCGGGCAGAAAGAGGCGAGAAAAUGAUGAAGCCAGUGGAGGCGCGGAGGGAGGAAGCCAUCAUGACGCAGGAGAUGGUCAGAGAGCUGCAGAAGAAGCUGUCGGCCAUUGAGAUCACUGUGCCGGAGCUGCCCGCGGCCUUUACCAAGGACACCAUUGACACCUCCAAGCUGCCCCCUUCCUACCAGAGCAACACGCUCAAGGAGGAACACCUGCUGCAGGUGGCUGACAACUUCGCCUCCCAGUACAGCCACCUGUGCCCGGACCGCAUGCCCCUCUUCCUGCACCCGCUGAAUGAGUGUGAAGUGCCGAAGUUCGUGAGCACAACCAUCCGGCCCACACUGAUGCCGUACCCUGAGCUCUACAACUGGGACACCUGCGCCCAGUUUGUCUCGGACUUCCUUUCCAUGGUCCCCCUGCCUGACCCCCUCAAGCCGCCCACCCACCUGUACUCGUCGACCACCGUGCUCAAGUACCAGAAAGGGAACUGCUUCGACUUCAGCACACUGCUCUGCUCCAUGCUGCUCGGCUCUGGCUACGACGCCUACUGCGUCAAUGGCUAUGGCUCCAAGAGCCUGUGCCACAUGGACCUGACGCGGGAGGUGUGCCCGCUCAUGACCACGCAGAAGAAGAUGGUGCUGGAGGAGGAAAAGGCACCCCCGAAGAAGUACACCAUCAAGCCUCCCCGCGACCUGAGCAGCCGGUUCGAGCAGGAGCAGGCGAUAAAGAAGUUGGAGCAGAGCAAAGCUGAAGAAGAAAGGCUGCUGAGGGAGGAGGAGGAGCGCCUCAUGCAAUUGGAGAAGGCAAACACCGACCCCCUGCAUGGCCUGCGGGUGCACUGCUGGGUCCUGGUGCUGUCGGGGAAGCGUGAGGUACCUGAGAGCUUUUUCAUUGAUCCGCUCACAGCGCGCAGCUACAGCACCCAGGACGACCACUUCCUGGGCAUUGAGAGCAUCUGGAACCACAAGAACUACUGGAUCAACAUGCAGGACUGUUGGAACUGCUGCAAGGACAUGAUCUUUGACCUGGGAGACCCUGUGAAGUGGGAAUACCUGCUUUUGGGGACUGAUAAGCCGUACCUGGCCACUUCUGAGGAAUAUGAAGAUGGGACAAAUGAAGAAGACGAUGACGUGGAGAACUUGGGCAAGGAAGAUGACAACAAGAGCUUCGACAUGCCUCCCUCGUGGGUGGAGCAGAUUGAGAUCUCCCCAGAAGCAUUCGAGACCCGAUGCCCAGGCGGGAAGAAGGUGAUCCAGUACAAGAAGGCCAAGCUGGAGAAGUGGAGCCCCUACCUCAACAGCAACGGCCUAGUGUGCCGCCUCACCACCUUCGAGGACUUAGACUGUACCAGCAUUCUGGAGAUAAAGGAAUGGUACCAGAACCGGGAGGACAAGCUGGAGCUGAAGCACAUAGACAAGACCACGGGCCUGAACACUGACUACUUCAAGCCGGGCCAUCCCCAGGCUCUGCGAGUGCACUCGUACAAGUCCAUGCAGCCGGAGAUGGACCGCGUCAUGGAGUUUUACGAAUCGGCCCGCGUGGACGGCCUGAUAAAGCGGGAGGAGACGCCCCUGACGAUGACAGAGCACUACCAAGGGCGACCCGACUUCCUCUCCUACCGCCAUGUCAAUUUCGGACCCAGGGUCAAGAAGGUGGCUCAGAACAGCGCAGAGUCGAAUCCCCGGCCCAUGGUGAAAAUCACCGAGCGGUUCUUCCGCAACCACGCCAAGGGAGCAGAUGAGGAUGUGGAGGAGCGUGUGUUCCUGAUCCAGGAGGAACGCAUCCAGCUGCGCUACCACUGCUGCGAGGACCACAUCACCUCCUCCAAGCGGGAGUUCCUGCGGCGCAUGGAUGUGGACAGCAAAGGCAACAAGAUCAUCAUGACCCCUGACAUGUGUAUCAGUUACGAGGUGGAGCCCAUGGAGCACACCAAGAAGCUCCUCUACCAGUACGAGGCCAUGAUGCAGUUGAAGAAUGAGGAGAAGUUGUCCCGACAUCAGGCCUGGGAGUCAGAGCUGGAGGUGCUAGAGAUCCUGAAGCUUCGAGAGGAAGAGGAGGAGGCGCACACGCUGGCCAUCUCCAUCUACGACACCAAGCGCAAUGAGAAGAGCAAGGAGUAUCGGGAGGCCAUGGAACGUGUGAUGCACGAGGAGCACUUGCGGCAGGUAGAGGCCCAGCUGGACUACCUUGCCCCAUUCCUGGCACAGCUGCCCCCGACAGAGAAGCUGACACGCUGGCAGGCCAUCCGGCUCAAGGACGAGUGCCUCAACGACUUCAAGCAGCGGCUGAUUGACAAGGCCAACCUCAUCCAAGCCCGUUUUGAGAAGGAGACCCAGGAGCUACAGAAGAAGCAGCAGUGGUACCAGGAGAACCAGGUGACCUUGACGACUGAGGAUGAAGACUUGUACCUGAGUUACUGCUCUCAGGCCAUGUUCCGCAUCCGCAUCCUGGAGCAGCGGCUCAAUCGACAUAAGGAGCUGGCCCCACUGAAGUACCUGGCUCUGGAGGAAAAGCUCUACAAAGAUCCACGCCUGGUGGAGUUCCUCAAAGUCUUUGCUUGAUGACCCUCCGGCUCCUCUGGCCCCUGCAUGCCCCUUAUGGGCCUCAGCUGAAGCUGCCAGAGAAAGAAACCUGCCCCCCCACCCACCCGCCCGCCCCAGUCCCUGUGCUCCUACCCUUAGCUAAUGACCAUCGACUCAGGCACCAGGCCCCACUGCCACUCCACCCCCCUGUAGCCCUGUCUGUCCUGCUUCUCAUGAGUUCCCUAUAAAUGAACACACUUUAAACUUGCUAUUUGUACCUCAUGUUUC